AAGGUGUGUGUUUGAGAAGGGUGUGUGCAGAGGUGGAGGACAGAGGGACAAGGCAGGAGGGAGAGAGAUGCUGCACCUGUGCUCGAUCACCUGAGGACAAGAGGCAGAGGAGCAGCACAGAAGGACAAGGAGCAUGGUGGGACACUUUCACUUCUGAGAGAAUCUUCUUCAAACUAAUCAUCAAACCUGAGGUCAGUCCUCCAGUCUCUCUGUUGGUGCCAUCAUGGCUGAGUCAAGCUGGUGGAAGCUGACCUUCUCACGCAAGAAGAAAUCUGAGCCCAAAGUUCUGUACGAGAUCCCAGCGGAGCACGGCAGCAACAACAAGGAGCACCCGAACCCCGCCGCAGACAAGAAGGACAGCCAGUUAAACUCUAAGCUGGAGAAGAUCGUAGACAAAUCUGCCACCAAAGGACGCCACGUCAAGGUCUCCCACUCCGGUCGCUUCAAGGAGAAGAAGAAGGUCCGAGCCACGCUGGCCGAGAACCCGAGUCUGUUCGGGGAGCACCACCAUAGUGAUGAGAACCAUAAAAACAAGACUGACAAAUAGCAGAUCAGAAAUGUGUCAUAAAUCACCUGGAAACUCAUUGAAGGGAGUUAAAAAGGCCCAGGUAGAUACUGUAACCAGCAGAUUACACACGCCGGAUCAGAAAACAAAUCUUUAGAUGUUCACAGAUCAGUUCCGGAACAACUUCCUUCUGAUUUAAGGAGGCAAAACCUAUAAACCAAAUGUCUGUCAGUGUCCUGCUCACUGUGGGGUUUUACACCCACCUGUCACUUUAUUAGGUACACCUUGGUGUUGGAAAUGUUCCCCCAGAGUCUGGUUCAUACAGAAUCUGGACUGAGAUCUGGAAACUCCAGUUUCUCACUGUCCAGUUUUGGUUUAGCUUCAGUUUUUACCUGACAGGUGUGGUCUUCUGCUCCAGCAGCCCAUCAAGGUUAAAGUUUUCUGAACACCUCCUGGUGGCUUUAAAGAUGGCUGAAGAGUUGCUGCCAUCUGAUUGGCUGAUUGCUUGACCAGGUGAGCCUAAUAAAGUGGCAGGUGAGCGUAUAAUUAACAAAAACAAUCACCGAAACAGUCCAAGUCUGAUCUUUUCACGGUAACACUAUUGUAAAUUUCUUAUUGAAAUAAUAUAUUUGGAUUUUUUUCUUGUGUUUUCGAGAAAUGAAUUAUGAUUUUAUGACCAAACAAAAAUAAAAACUUCAUUUUAAAGAA